AUGCCUCGUCCUCGCAAGUCGACUACAGGUCCGAUCAAGCGUCGAACAAGGACUGGUUGCCAAAGCUGUCGCAUCCGUAAGAUAAAAUGCGGAGAGGAGAAGCCCGUAUGUGAGCAAUGCAAGGCGAAGGGCUUGGAAUGUGUCACUGCGACGGCGCUCAAGUGGGAGUCCGAAUAUGUCUCCAAGGGCCUCAGUUUCGGACGAGCGGGUGUUUGGUCAAAAGAUCGUGGGAGGACUGGCCAAUUCUCGCUUUCGACAACGGAUUUACCAAAUGACCUGAGCAUAUGGUUACCCGUCCCUCGCGUGUUUCCAUACAGUUUUGUCAACACUACCAUCGACAAUAUACAGGAAUUGCUGGACUACGAUGACUACUUCGAGUUGAUGCUCCACGAUGCCCAGGUGGCAAACUCAGUGGCAGAGACAGAGCACGAAGAAUCUACAAGCACUCCCUCUCUCAGUCCUUGGCUUACCACCCAAGAACUUGCACAGACAAACCAUUCUAUAACGCCACCACUCGAUCUCCUUCCGAGUGUCAGAUCCUGCGGUCCUACUGAGACAAACUUGUUGCUUUCGUACUACGUACAUAAGGUCUCCCCUUUGAGCAUGGCAAGCCUCACCUCAGAUUCACCAUUGGUGUCCCUGCUAGUUCCAUUUGCGAUCAGUGGCUCUAUGCUUACAAUGAACUCAAUACUGGCAUUGUCUGCUUGCCAUCGAUCCAGGAGUGACAGCAGCUAUAAAGCAACGGCUUUACAGCUUGUCCAUGGAGUCCUUCAGGACCUUCGGGCUCGGCUCCGUGACUCGGAACCAAGCCAAGUCGCGAUGAGUGCAGAAACCUUGGUCGUCAUGGUACUACUAUGCAUGUUUGAGAUUGCAAAUGAAAGUGACAAACGAUGGGUGAUACACCUGAAGGGCGCAAGGGAUCUGGUUCGGUUGCGCCGACAGAUAACGCCUCAGAGCGUUUCCACACUGGAAGAGAGCCAAAUCAUCCACUUUUGUGAACGAUUUUUUGCCUUUCAGGAUGUCAUCGGACGUACGGCAUGCGGCGAAGAUCCUGUCUUCGGAAGCGAUUUCUGGGAAGAUAAUUCUGAGUGUGAUCAGUGGUUGGGAUGCUCUCCAGAGUUGGUCUCUGUGCUGAGCAAGAUCACAGAGCUUGGACGUCAGGAUCAUAGUGUUCGCAACACGCCCGGAUAUCAUGCCACGACUGCCGCAUUGGAGACACGACUGAGCAAUCUCAAGCAACAGAUCUGGGAUAUUGAUGACGAUGUUCUUCCUCAAGCCGCUGAACUGAAGAGGUUAGCUGCAGAAUUAUAUCUACAGUGUCUUCUGAAUGGUGCCGGACCCUCAAUGCCUUGGGUUUCGGCUCAAGUAGAUAAGAUACUGAGCCUGGUGGAUGUCCUGCUAGAACGCCAAGUGGUUGCAGGCAUAACCUGGCCAUUAUUCGUCGCCGCUGUACAGCUCGAACUGGAUCGACCUUUCCGAGAACCGCACUAUCUCAGCACUGCACCAACAUAUGCUCGCCCAUUUGUUCUAUAUGCUUUGGAGCGGCUUAGUGACUCCAUGGCCAACGUCACCCGUACACGGGCAGUGAUCGAAAAGAUCUGGCAAGCGAGAGAUCUUCAGCAUAUCUCGGAUUACGUGCGGGAUACACAGAAGAAUGAUUGGGAGCAUUUUGUUGCUCCGCUCUGCGGUAACAUGUCACUUGCAUAG